UAGUGUAUACGAGAAAUGUGUCGCGCUCUGCUUAAAUGCCUUUCAUUCUUAAAUACAGAAGGAGAAAUUGACCAGAAGCACUGGGCAGAGAAGUUUCCCGAGUGCGGCGGCGACCAGCAGUCUCCCAUUGACAUACAGCGGCGCAAAGUGCGCUACAAUCCGGGAAUGCUGCAGCUCGAGCUGACGGGAUAUGACGACAUUCGCGGCAACUUUCGCAUGACCAACAAUGGACACUCUGUGGAAAUACAUCUGCCACACACUAUGAAGAUUACCAAGGGGUUUCCAGACCACUACACUGCUGUCCAAAUGCAUCUGCACUGGGGAGGCUGGGAUUUAGAGGAAAGUGGAUCAGAGCACACAGUGGAUGGCAUCCGCUACAUGGCAGAACUGCAUAUUGUUCACUACAACUCUGAUAAGUACAGCAGCUUCAACGAGGCCAAAGAUAAACCAGAUGGUCUUGCUGUUUUAGCCUUUGUUUAUGAGGAUGGUCAUUUUGAGAACACGUACUACAGCGAUUUCAUUUCAAACCUGGCAAACAUCAAGUAUGCAGGUCAGGCUAUGAAUAUCACUAACUUGAACGUACGCUCCAUGCUUCCGGAAAACUUGAGUCACUUUUUCAGAUAUCAGGGCUCUCUCACCACACCGCCGUGCCAUGAGAGCAUUCUGUGGACUGUAUUUGAUACGCCCAUCACCCUCUCUCACAAUCAGAUCAGAAAAUUGGAGAGCACAUUAAUGGACCAUGAAAAUAAGACCCUGUGGAACGACUACCGCAUAGCCCAGCCUCUGAAUGAGAGAGUGGUGGAGUCCUCUUUCCUCCCACGCCUGAGCAAAGGAGGAAUUUGCCGUCAGGAGGAAAUUGAAGCCAAGCUGAAGAGGAUUGAGAGCCUUAUUGUGUCACUGGACAAAAAAAUAGUUUCAGGCCUGCAACAUGUAUCUCCACUGGUCCUCUACUUCCCAAAAAAGAAUGUGGAGAGUUACGCCAUGGUGUUGUUAUCCCACCCCAUGAACCUCCAAUCCUUCACAGCCUGCAUGAAUGUCCGUAUAAUGCCCAUACCAGACCUUACCGUGCUUUCUUACUCCACGGAACUUGACAAUGAGCUCAUGAUCACUUUGGGCACUGAAGUGGGUCUCUGGAUCGGAGAUGAGUUUGUAAAUUUACCAUUCGAACACCAAUCCAACAAUUGGACAAACUACUGCUUUACCUGGGCAUCACACACAGGAGGGGUUGAACUGUGGGUGAACGGACUGGUCGGGAAAGAGCGGUACAUUCGGGCAGGAUACACCAUUCCAGCUGGAGGAAACCUAAUUUUGGGAAAGGACCAGGAUGGCCUUUUAGGGAUCUCGGACAGUGAUGCUUUUGUAGGGCACAUGACCGAUGUAAAUGUGUGGGAUUAUGUGCUGACUGCAGCAGAGAUUAAGGAGCAAAUGUUGUGUGAUAAUGGCAAGGUGAAAGGGAAUGUCCUGAGCUGGGCAAUCACUCCGCUCAGUCUGUAUGGAGGAGUUCAGCUGCAGACUGAGCAGGUUUGCCUCUGAGAGAGAAAGAGAUUUUUUUCAAACAAACGUCAAUAUCAGCAAUAUUAGCUCUGCUAACUUGAACUUUCCCUGGGGAGUAACUGCAAGUAAGAAAGAUAAUCUAUUUUAAAUACAAGCAUUUCAAUGUAUUUUUACCCAACUGAAUACUGUGAAUCAUAUCUGAAGAAUUUCAAUAAACAUUUGCAUUCUUAACCUUCUAAA